CACUGAUUAGUGAAUUUAUUAUUACCUGUAUUACUAAUAGUCAUUUAAGUUUAUUGUCAUCAAAAAAUCUAAAAAUAAACUGUUAUUGAAACUUCACUUUAUGGAGUUUCUUUUUGUCAUCAUUAUAACUAUUUACACAGGUACUCAGCUCUAGUAGACCUGUAUAUUUAUUCGUUUACUUAUACACAUAUCUAUAUAAUGAAAAAAAAAUCAAAUAUAUAGGACAAAUAAAUCAAAAAAUUCACAAGUAAUUUUAUUAAAUCUAAAGCUUUUUUCUACCCUAGAGAUAAGUUAUGUAAAAAAAACUUUGUACUAGAAAUAGACUUUUGUUGAAUCAAUUGUAUUUUUCUCAGCGAACAAGCACAGAGAUCUUGAGUGUCCUGGAAAUUUUUAUAUGGACUUUGGACUAGUAGUACUACUUCAAACUUUCAGAGUUAUUCCUGUAUCAAGAAUCCAAAUUGUUUAUUAAUUAAUAUAAUUAGUAUGAAAAUAUUUUAUUAGAUGUGUGUAUGAGGUUUGGACAUAAACAUUGUAUUUAAUUAUCUGUAUAUUGAAACAGUAACAAUAUGAGUCACGUAUAGACUGAAUAUUAAUGCGAAUUGUUGUUAUAUGUCUGAAGUUUUUGCAAAUUAUAAAUUAGUAACUGUAACUUCUCAACACGUCAACGGUCAACACUCUUUUGAAUGUAGACUCGGUUGAAAUACUGUAAAUGUGCCAACGAAACUUCAGUUUCUCUUCAAAUUAUAAUUUUUUCAUUAUUAACCAGACUGUAACUGAGACACUUAAAUACCAGUUGUCGGAAAGUACAUCUAGUCUUAAUAAUCCAAAUAAAAUUAGCUCACGAAUACUUGAAGAUGCCGCAUUAAAAUUAUGGUCGAAUUUGAAUUUGGAUAGAAUAAAUUUCAAUAACGAAUUGUUAAAAUUAAGUGCAAAGUUAAGAGAAAAUAUUGCUAUUAAUCUAAAUCAUCAACAUCAAAAUCAUCAUCAUUGUAACGAUGAGAGUGACAAUGAUAGUAACAGUAAUAAGUUAGCACAGAUUUUAUCUCUGUCUAACUUCAAAAUAAAUCCAUCACUGCCAUCAUCAUGUUCCCAAUCAACAUCGUCAUCUUCUAUAAUACAUGAUAAUACGAACAAUAAUAGCAAUAAUACUGUCACUACUAUAAGUACUAAUAAUGAAAUUCCAUUAUCGCUAACCAAUUAUUCAACUAUAUCACAAAUUGCUCAGUUUGCAUCGGCUGCUAACCUUUUCAAUUCUACUGGAAUUGAUCUACAUUGUCCAACUAAUUUUUAUGCAAUUCAAAAUAAUAAAUUGAUCACUUCUAGUUAUAAUACUGAUGCUCAUACAAAUAUCGCUGAAACCUUAAUUUCUAACAGUUUAACCACUGUUACUUCCAAUACAAACACUUUCGUAUCUGCUAAUAAUGCUACGUCUUUUACAAAUUACACAACUUCUCACUUCACUGGUAACUCUUUUCGAAGCCAAGCAGAAAGUUUCAACUUGAAGACUGAAAAUGAAAUUUCAUAUCAUCUACCACAGCAACAACUGAAUCUGCCUGAUAAUUACCAUCACCAUCAACAACAGCAACAACAAACCACGAAAGCAAACUUUUGUGAAACACAAGAUGAGCAGAUAAACAACUCAGUUGAAUUGAAACAGUCAAAGCCGUCGACAGAAUUAAUCAAAACUAAACAGACAUUAUAUUGUUGUUCUAUAUGCCGACAAAGAUUUCAUUCAAACACUGGUCUAAGACGUCAUAAUUUAGCUUUACAUGCGACGAAAGCUAUGAAAUGUGACCAAUGUGUGAAGGUUUUCAGACAUCAAGCAGCUUUAUCUGAUCAUAAAAAACGAGUUCAUGGUCCACGUGAAUAUAUUUGUGGUAUAUGCUCUGCAGAUUUCGCUACAGAAACUUAUCUACGUUCGCAUGUACGAAUUCAUGAUGAGAAACGAUUUGUUUGUUUAGAAUGCAAACAUGGUUUUUCAAAUCCAUCCGAUUUAAAAAAUCAUAUGCGAAUACAUAAUGAUGAAAAACCAUUUGAAUGCGAAGUGUGUGGAAAAGCAUUUCGCCAUGUUAGUGGAUUUUAUGCUCAUAUACGAAUUCAUACAGGUGAAACACCAUAUCAAUGUGAAUUGUGUGCAAAGAAAUUCAGUAAUGCAAGCAAUUUUCGCAUGCACAGAAGGGUGCAUACGAAAGAAAUGCAGUUUCGCUGUCAAACAUGCGGUAAAGAAUUUAUCCAACCAAGUAACUACAGUCGACACUUACGAAUACAUACAAAAGAAAAACCUUAUUCAUGUAAUUUAUGCUCCGCGAAAUUUCUUUAUUCAACUUCAUUAAAACGACAUCAACAACGUCAUCAUGGUUUAGAAUUAUUAAGAUGUCAGUUAUGUCAAAAAACAUUUUUGAAUGAAUCAUGUCUUAUUCGACAUCGUACUGGUUGUGAAUUACGCGCUUGCGUUAAAACGGCAGAUGAAGAAUUAUACACUCAUUUAUUAUGAAACUAAUAAUAUCAAGACAAACCUUUCUACAUUUAACAUAAUAAUUCUCUUUUUACAACUAGAAAAGAAUAAUAAUAAUGUGUCAACGUACAUUAUGAAUAAUAAAUAAUGAGUAGAUUGUAAAUCUUGUUUUGUUUAACUUUUCUUUUAAUUCGCUAAAAUAAAAUGUUCACUUAUUUUUUUACGCAUCCAGAAAAUUUUCAACAAGUAAACUAUGAACACUAUUUUUAUUUGGACUAUUACAUCAUACUUUUUUUUAAGAAAAAUCUUUGAUGACAAAUAUUUUACGUCAUUUUUUUUCUUUUCUUUUUAUAUAAGCCACUUUUGAUUGGUUUAUUUUUGCAGUUUUCUUUUUUCAUUUUUUAAAAUCAGAUAAUGUUCUUUACCAUACCUUAAAGUUUAUUUUGUCAGAUAAUAUUCGUAACAAUGAGAAUUAAAAUAAUAAAUUUUAUAUUUUUCAUAAA